AGGGAAAUUUCUUUGUUUUGGUGGUCAACAAUCCUUCGCUAAGGCUAGAAAAUCCGGCUGUCGAUUUAGCUGACUAUAACUGCUCGUGCAGCCCUCAAGAAUCCAGAAAGCGAUUAAUAUGACCCCCGACUAGAACGAGUGCAAGACAAGAAACACAGUCUCGGGAAACGCACUAAAAAUAUAGAUAUGGUGGAAGGGAGCUUCUGAAGAGUAAUGCGACCGAACAGUGCAUUUGGGGGUUUGAGUUAGAAGGCUGUUUUACUCAAGGUCGUCAUGGCAACACCCCUUUGUCUCCCAGACACAUGCCGCUGGAAUGAAGACACGAAUGAAUGCAGUAUCAUACAGGGUAUUCCUCGGUCCUCCAUCCACCUCAUAGAAAACUCCCUGCGCCGUCUUCGAGCUAUCCGCGGUCCGGUGUGCGUGGUGUCCGUGACAGGGCCUUGCAGAAAGGGCAAGUCUUUCAUACUUGCAAAGAGCUUUACAGAAAAAGAAGUCUUCCCUUUGGGUGAUGAGCUAGACCCAAAGACGAUGGGUCUAUGGCUAUGGGUGGUGCCCAAACAAUUCCGCGACGAUAAGGGCCAACCUUUCACGGUGGUAUUAGUUGACUCAGAGGGAACCAAAGCAUCGCAAAGCCAGCAGAAGGAAGAUGACGUCAUAGUCACUCUGACACUGCUGCUAAGCUCCGUGCUAAUCUACAACUCAGAGGGGGUUCCCACGGCAAGCGACCUGGAGCAGUUGAACCACGUGAUCAAACUGUGCCAGAGAAUCCAAGUGUUCGCCGAAAAGGCCACGGAUCCCGAGCAUGCGCAGACUGUGUUCCCCAGCUUUGUUUGGUUACUGAGAGAUGUAGUACUAGCGCUACCUCGAGAUUGCAGUGACGUCACGGAGUAUUUUAGGAAAAGGGUUUUUACGUCUGACGGGGCAACAUCACGCGAUGACGUCAUCAAGUGCUUCUCAAGCUUCGACGCCUUUACUCUGCCCUUCCCGUCCGACGAUCCCGAAGUGCUUUGCAAUAUCAAAGAGAAAAGCGACAGCUUGAAUAGCAGGUUUUUAAAAGGAGUAGAGAAAUUUAAAGGACUGUUACAUGCAAAGUUAAGGCCGAAUAGGACGCCGGGAGAUCAAGGGUUCCUGACUGGUGAAGCACUAGCGGACAUGCUCGAAGAAUACGUAAGCGCGCUCAAUGCGCCGGAUGCAGUUCCUUCUAUUGGACGCGCAUGGGACACUUACAUUGAAAACAAAGGCACGAAGACAGUAAAGGAGGCCAAGAAUGUCUAUACGUUUGCCAUGAGUGACUUGUUAGACGGUAGACUUCCUUGUUUGACAGACACCAUCACAAGGGCGAAUGAAGAGGCGCUAAGCCAGGCCGAGAAAUUCUUUGAGAUGGAAACAGAUGGAAUACCGAAAAAGGACAGGUGGAAGUAUGCAGUACAGCUACACAUGGCUGCAGACCAAAAGGAGUGUGAUUGGUUGAUUGCCAACAAGCGUGCAACCGAGGACGCAUGCGCUGAACUCUACCAGAGACUGCGCACCAAGAUCCUCGAGCCUGUGCGGUUGCUAUGGCGACGGGUUGAGGACCACGAGUUUGCUUAUGCCAUUUCUUGCAUCGAGAGCGCGUACGAAGAGCUGAUGAUUGAGUUCAAUAAAAAUAUCCACGGUUGCCGUGAUAUAUGCCAGGAUUUCGCCUACUUCAGGCAACAGGAGCUGGACCGGGAGAUGAAGAAAGAGGUUGACUGGAUCAGAAAAAUGUGCUUCCGAAAUGACCAAAUCAUGGCAAAUAAGUUGGCGAGAAAAGACACAGAAGAUGAGGCCCGGAGACUCGGGGCGGAAAAUCCCGCUGUCGCCGAACGUUUGAAGGAAAUCGAGCAACAGAUGAUGAAGCUACGGCUAGAUCAAGAGAUGGACCUGAAAGUCAUGGAAGCCGAAAUGCGAGAAGAACAACGUCUACUUAACGAGGAGCUAGCAGAGAUGGUCAGACGAGAGAAAGAACGUGGUGCACAAGACAAUAACUACCUGCGACGCCGGCAAGACAUCUUACAGCGAGGAGAGCAGGCGAUGAGGCGCCAGCUACGUGAGCGGGAAAAAGAGAUCGAGGAAGCAAGGAAACGCCUUGAAAAGAUGUGAUAGAAUAAACCUUCAAAAGCCAAAGUCUGUAAAAUCAGUGUGGCUUGGAAAAAUCAUUAGUAACCUUGUUUAAAGAGAUACGCGAAGGCAAGGACGGCGUAAAGACUUCCGAUUCGCAGUAUCUGUGCGCUUUAAACAACUAGCUUUCUCCCUUUUUUCAAAUCCCAAUCAACUACCAAAUGUUACAAGUCUUGCUAUAGCCCGUAAUAUUUUCCACUCUCAUCUUAACUCGGUAUCUCACUUAGAACAGCUAUUUUGCCAUACAUGCCGUUUUUAUAUCGACUGCCGCUGCUACUUUUCCUAAAACCGGAUACAGCGGCGUAGCCAGGAUUUUUAACAGGAGAGGGCCCAAAAGGGACUUUCAAGGCAUUUUCUCCUGUGUUUUAGAUAAUGUCUCAUCAAGAGAGCAUUUCUCAUGUUAAUUUUAAUUGUUACUGCAUGUUAAUAUUUUUCUGUUUGUAGUUGCUUCUAUGUUGACGUUGCCUGUUUGUGGUUAAUUUUUAGUUACUCUAUCAAGGUGUAGUAUUAGUGUCUUAUAGUUUAAUUUCCAAAUUUCCCAUUUGUUUUUCAGUAAAUGUUAACAUAAGAGUCUUUUUAUUAUUUUCAAUACUAGGUAUUAAACGCGGUCACUUCCAUAUAAGGAAACUAAUAUAUUCCUUAUUUGGAAAAACUGCAUGAUUCUUGUUAUUUUUAAGGUUGCCGUACGGCAGAUGCUUCGUAAACUUUAUGACUCGUAAUCAGAAGAGAAAAACAGUGACUGUGACCAUCUUUGGACAAUGGAGAAAAUAUCUGAAAAGGAACUAAGAGUCCUCGGUACCAGUCACUCAAAACGACAACGUUUUCUUCAUAUGUGUAACUGUAAAUAGGCAGGGGCUCAUACAACCCUCGUUAAAAAAGUUUAUUGUAUUGUA